AUGGCUAGUAGGAAACGAAGCAUGUCAAAUGAUGCUGAUAUCCGUGGUCUCCACAAAGAAUGGGAUGAUGCUUCCUGUCCCAUCUGCAUGGACCACCCACAUAAUGCUGUUCUUCUCUUGUGUAGUUCCCAUGAGAAGGGUUGCCAAUCAUACAUUUGUGACACAAGUUACAGGCAUUCAAAUUGCCUGGACCGAUUUAAGAAACUCAGAGAUGAAAACGAGAACAGUCCCUCUCCACCCAACUUGUUGCACAGAAACCAGCAGAGUUCUAUCGAUACUUCUAGUGGGAACUCAGGCUUGAGGACAACGGUUUCCUUGACUGAAGCCUUUGGGAAUCACUUUCUAAUAGAAAAUGGCACUUCAGCUGCCAGAUUGCCUGGAGGAUCAGGAGAAAAUAGCAUACAUGAUGCAGGGAGGGAUUUGGAAAUGCAAGAAGGCAUUUUAGGAAGAAGAGACCCCGAAUCUUUACAGGAAAGUAUUGAUAUUGAAGAAACUAAUGCUGGACAUUCAUCAGAAUCAAAAUUGAAUUUGAGAUGCCCCUUGUGCCGCGGAAGGGUACUGGGUUGGAAGGUUGUAGAAGAAGCUAGAAAGUACCUCAACCUGAAGCCUCGAAAUUGCUCUCGCGAAUCAUGCUCGUUCUUUGGUAACUAUAGAGAAUUGCGUCAGCAUGCUAGGAGGGUUCACCCUACAGCCCGACCUGCUGACAUCGAGCCCUCCAGACAACUUGCCUGGCGGCACCUUGAGCACCAGAGGGAAUACGAUGAUAUUGUCAGUGCUAUCCGCUCUGCUAUGCCAGGUGCCAUUGUGCUUGGAGACUAUGUUGUUGAGAAUGGAGACAGACUAUCAAGUGAAAGGGAAAGGAGUUCAGGUGAAGGUAACCGGCCUUGGUUGCCUACUUUUUUCUUGUUUCAGAUGAUUCGCUCGAUGGACCCAGUCUCUAAUACAAGGGGUGGCAGGUUGGGGGCUUCGUCAAGACUUCGCCGGCAACCAGGAGCUUUCUCUCGGCGCCGGUUUCAUUGGGGGGAACGUCUGUUGGGUAUUCAGGAGGAUGACAGCGACAACGACGGAGAUGAGAACAACACAGAGGAUAAUCUCGAUUCCAACUUAUUGCGUGAUAUGGGCGAAGAUGUGUCUCCACACCCGAGAAGGCGUCGGCGGUUGACACGUUCUCGGUCAGAUGAUGAUCAAUCAUAGAUUGCCACCACAGUUCUGGUAAAUUCCUCCUGUUGGACUCAAACUUGGUCAAAAUUUUAUAUAAUACAGUUUUCAUGCCUAUUGCCAUCGCCUGACUUUUUUGGUGUUUUUUCACGUUGUUACCAUUAUGGGUAGACCGCCUCUUUGUAAACAGGACCGUGCGCUUUCAGUACCGGGAUUUCAGAAUCCAUCCUCAUUAGCUUAGAGCCAGCAAACGGUGACAGGGCAAGUUAUGGCAUGAAAAUUCCUCUAUGUGGGAUUGGAUUGCAGUGUAUGAACUCUUCCCUACCCGGGGGGGG